AUGGCCGACCAAGCUAUCGCCGUCGACGAGUUUGCGCAGACCCGUGGUGCCGAUGAUCUGUUCGAUGAUGAAAUCAUCCCCAUCUCAGGCGAUCAGGAAAUUCAACAUGUUACCGAAACGAGCGUCGAAGCAGAACAGAAGCAACAACAACCGCAGCCGCCAACGGAUACCGCGACGCCACAACCCGCGCCCCCAUCGAGAAGAGGCCGGGGGCAUAGCAGAGGUGUACAUGAUGGUGGAAGGGGUAGGGGUCGAGGAAGGGGGCGUGGUGGUAGGGGUAGCUCAGAUACUGGGCCGAAAAGGGAGCCUGUCGUAAUGGAGAGUGCGACAGAGGCAAUAGAGGCGCCAAGUGAGGUCGAUACUUCUGAGAAGAAGGAUGAUGUAGCGGAGGAAAAGAAGGAUGAAGACGCCGAAAGCAAAGCAGCAAAGACGGAGAAUGCCCGAGUGCAGGCUGUCCGUGGUGACCGCAGUGGUACCGGUGGAAUCAAAAAGCCCAAACUCACCGAAGAAGAACUAGCAGAAAGAAUGGCCGCCGCCAAACUCAACGCCGCCAAAAAGGCAGCGGCGCACGCCCGCGCCGAGGCCGACGAAGCCUCCUUCCACCAAAGAGAAGCCAUCGCCGCCGAAAAGCGGCGACAGGAAUUGGCGAAUCGGAAAGUCAUGGACAACGAACGCGAGCGGAAUAGAAUGCGCAAACUUGGCGCGCAGACUGGAAGAGAAUGGGAUGCAGAGAAGAAAGAGGAGGAUUAUAACGGUCGUCGAGACCGGGGUAGUCAGUUUCGUCGUGGGAUGCAUGGUGCUGUUUCUGGGUAUGUGCGACGGGAUCAACAAGUCGACAGUACAGAAGCUUUUGAUGAGAGUUCUGAAUCUCGUGGCCGAGGAGGCCGGGGCAGAGGUGGUCGUGGUCGAGGACGCGGCGGUGCUGGACGAGGUGGUCGAGGUGAUUUUGCGAAUACUCAAGACCGUACUACGCUUCAGUCUGCGCCGGGAAUCAGCAACGAGAGCGAGUUUCCAUCUCUACCUGGCAAACCGACAACCAAAGAAGCUGCACCAACAGAUGGGAUUCCUACGGCCGACAAGCUCUCGAUACCAGCAGUGGAGAAAAUUGCUUCGCCUGGCUCGCCUUUGUCGCCGGCAGAAGGGACUUGGGCAGAGCAAGUUGAUGCUAGUGAGGCGCUGUGA